AAUAAUUGUUGGGGACUACGUACCUGCACAUUGAUCAUUUUUCAUCUUCAUCAUUUGGAUUUGUACGAAGAUUUCUUCUCAUCGACUUGUAGAUCUCUAAACUUCCAUCGCUUAGGAUACAUUCUAAUCCUUCAUCGAAAAAGGGGAUCCAUUCUAACCCGUCAUAACCAUGGCCUCUGAUCUUAAAGGAAAAGCUAUUGUGCUUAUGGGUGUCUGUGGCUCCGGAAAAUCAACAAUAGGUGUCAUGCUUGCCAAAGUUCUGAACUGCAGCUUCCUUGAUGCUGAUGAUUUCCACUCGGUAGCAAACAAAGAAAAGAUGCGCCAAGGUAUUCCUAUUUCCAACGAAGAGAGAAUACCAUGGCUGAGAACGCUACGUGAUGCUCUGGAAGAGAGCUUGCUUAGUGGAAAAACUGUGAUACUUGCAUGUUCUGCGCUGCAGAAGCAGUACAGAGAAAUCCUCGGAUCUGCUGAUCCUAAUUAUGCACCUGGAAGUCAUUCUAGUUUGGUGAAGUUUAUCUUGUUAGAUGUUGAGGCUGAAGUUAUAGCUGUUCGACUACAUAAAAGAGCUGCUGAAGGGACACAUUUCAUGCCACAUACACUUCUGCAAUCUCAACUAGACUUGCUUCAGAUAGAUGAUUCUGAAGGAAUAGUUAAGGUUGAUGCUACUCCAAGCCCUGAAGUCAUAGUAAGCAAAAUGCAAUCCGUACUGCUAUCUCAUCAAGAGUGAUCAAUCAAGUAACUUCCAAUGGGAAUAAACUUAUCUCGUCCAAUUCUUUUACAGAAAGGAAUUUGAAGAAAAAUAGAAAAACAUUUAGUGAAAAAUGAAAAAACUCAUUCUCAAUCGGUUGUGGUUAAGGCCACUAAUUGUUUUGUUAGAGUCAUUAAAAUUUAUUUAUAAAAUAUUGAUUCCAUU